UGGCUGUUGUCUUUUUAUCUUUCGGCCCCAUUAAGGUUGGCUUUGAAGGUUGACAUCUUUUUUUUCUCCCUUUUCCCCAGAAUUGGUUGCUAUUGAAGUGUGCCUCCUGUGAUUCGCAGACUCCUUGAGCUUUUAGGAGUCCAGUAGGUGAACAUCUCUACCUCUAAGGAGAAACAGUACCUGCUCCUCCAUCAAGCUGAGCUCUCCAUUGCUAUGGAUACCGAAUCCACAUAUUCUGGGUAUUCUUACUAUUCAAGUCAUUCGAAAAAAUCUCACAGACAAGGGUAUGUAAGCUAUUUAUUAUUCUACUUGGAUGACAACUGGGGAGAGACCACCACGGCCAUCACAGGCACCUCGGAGCACAGCAUAUCCCAGGAGGACAUUGCCAGGAUUAGCAAGGACAUGGAGGACAGCAUGGGGCUGGAUUGCAGGCGCUACCUGGGCCUCACUGUCGCCUCCUUUCUUGGACUUCUGGUUUUCCUCACCCCCAUCGCCUUCGUUCUGUUACCCCCGAUCCUGUGGAGGGAUGAGCUGGAGCCUUGCGGCACAAUUUGUGAGGGGCUCUUCAUCUCCGUGGCGUUCAAACUCCUCAUCCUGCUCAUCGGGACCUGGGCGCUCUUUUUCCGCAAGCAGAGAGCCGACAUGCCCCGCGUGUUUGUGUUCCGUGCCCUUCUGUUGGUCCUCAUCUUUCUCUUUGUGGUUUCCUAUUGGCUUUUUUAUGGGGUCCGAAUUUUGGACUCUCGGGACCGAAAUUACCAGGGCAUUGUGCAAUAUGCAGUCUCCCUUGUGGACGCCCUCCUCUUCAUCCACUACCUGGCCAUCGUCCUGCUGGAGCUCCGGCAGCUGCAGCCCAUGUUCACGCUGCAGGUGGUGCGCUCCACGGACGGCGAGUCCCGCUUCUACAGCCUGGGACACCUGAGUAUUCAGCGAGCAGCAUUGGUGGUUCUGGAAAAUUACUACAAAGAUUUCACCAUUUAUAACCCAAAUCUCCUAACAGCCUCCAAAUUCCGAGCAGCCAAGCACAUGGCUGGGCUAAAAGUCUACAAUGUAGAUGGCCCCAGUAACAAUGCCACAGGUCAGUCCCGGGCGAUGAUCGCUGCAGCUGCUCGCCGCAGAGACUCAAGCCACAACGAGCUGUAUUACGAAGAGGCCGAGCAUGAGCGGCGAGUGAAGAAGCGAAGAGCGAGGCUAGUGGUCGCAGUGGAGGAGGCCUUCAUCCACAUCCAGCGUCUCCAGGCUGAGGAGCAGCAGAAGGCCCCGGGGGAGGUGAUGGACCCCAGGGAGGCCGCCCAGGCCAUCUUCCCGUCCAUGGCCAGGGCGCUGCAGAAGUACCUGCGUACCACGCGCCAGCAGCACUACCACAGCAUGGAGAGCAUCCUGCAGCACCUGGCCUUCUGCAUCGCCAACAGCAUGACCCCCAAGGCCUUCCUGGAACGUUACCUCAGCGCGGGCCCCACUCUGCAGUAUGACAGGGAUCGCUGGCUCUCGACGCAGUGGAGGCUCGUCAGCGAGGAGGCCGUGACCAAUGGAUUACGGGACGGGAUUGUUUUUGUCCUUAAAUGCUUGGACUUCAGCCUCGUGGUCAAUGUGAAGAAAAUUCCGUUCAUCUUACUCUCUGAAGAGUUCAUCGACCCCAAAUCUCACAAAUUUGUCCUUCGCUUACAGUCUGAGACAUCAGUUUAAAAGUUCUAUAUUUGUGGGUUUAU